AUGAAUUAUGAUGUGAAGCUUUGUAGAUGGGGUCAGACACAGUUGGCGGCAAUAUGCAGACAUGAGACAUGUCCUUGGAAGGUCUAUUGUUCUGUGGAUAAGCGUGUAGGGAGAUGGUCAGUGAAGACAUAUGUUGAUAUCCAUAACCAUGUUGUGAGUGGAAAAGCAAGGAUGUUGAAACAGGGUGUAAUUGGUAGGUUAUUUAGAGAAGAAGCAAGAAGAAGAUCGUGUUUGAGUUGGACUGACAUCAAGGAUGAGAUAAUGAUGAGGUACACGAUAUCAGUCUCUAAAUGGAUUUGCCAAAAAGCAAGGAGGAUAGCGUUUGAUUUGGUGAUACAAACACAGAAACAACAGUUUGCAAAGUUGUGGGACUACGAGAGAGAGCUGAAGCGGUCUAACGAGGGUACUCACACAGAGAUUGUAACCAAUCCGCAGGUGAGUGGUAAGCAACAAUUUGACAAGUUCUAUGUCUGUUUUGCGGCGCUUAGAAGAACAUGGGAGAAUUGUUGUCGUCCUAUUAUCGGACUUGAUGGAGCAUUUCUGAAAUGGGAAUUAAAAGGUGAGAUUCUAGCAGCUGUUGGAAGGGAUGCAGACAAUAGGAUUUAUCCUAUUGCUUGGGCAAUAGUCAGAGUUGAGGACAAUGAGUCAUGGUCUUGGUUUGUUGAUAAGCUAAAGACAGAUUUGGAUUUGGGUGUUGGCGAUAGAUUGACUGUUAUGUCAGACAAGCAGAAGGGGUUAAUUAAUGCAGUAGCUGAUUUGCUUCCAAAUGCAGAGCAUAGGCAUUGUGCUCGACACAUAUAA